AUGGACCCCGAGAUUCAAGAGGUGCACACGCCGAAUCUGACGCCACCGCAGACGCCGCCACGCACGCCACCAAAGACACCUGCGCGAAUCUCUCCAGCCCUCAAGGGCGUAUCUCCUGGCAAUCGCAUCAGUCCGGGCCUCAAGGGCGCUCGGAGUGGACGACGGAAGGUCUCGUUUGCGGAUCUGGGACAGGCUGCUCUAUCGCGCAACCCGUCUGAAGCACACCGAGGUGCGUCGCAUCGGACGGGCGCGAGCUCUUCGCCAGACAAGACGAUUAUUCUGUGGGACUCUGCGGAGAAUUCUGGGGCGUUCAGUUCCGGUACAUUGAGGACUCUGGGCUUUGAUACGGACACGUCGCUCCCUGACUUCCCAGCGUACUCACCACCGGCAAAGGGAGUGUGGGGCAAGAUGAAGAAGAUGACGAGGAGGGUAUUUGGGAGAAAGAAGACGGCAAAGAAGACGACGGUGUGGUCCAAGGUCAGGAAGAUGGCGAGGUGGUGA